AUGACGCGGGCUCCACAAAAGACACAGAGGAAGCUGGUGUACGGGCGCCCCAAGCUGAUCGAGCUGCCCGAGCCCAAGCUUGAACGGGACCUCGAGAGCGCAGACAAGACUCAAUUCAGAGUCAUGUAUGGCACUCGAGGUGUUAGCAUACGGCUGUUGCCUGACCGGCUGCUGAUUUCGUUACGUGAUUUGUACAAGAACCAUCACAAGUCGUUGAGAAAUCAGAUCACGUGGCGCGAACUCAGUGAGAUCAGCAAGUGUGAAGAUGCCAUCAACAAAGGGUGGGUGGACUUUGCGACGGCGGUUUCGCUUUUGAAGCGGUGUCGCACGCUCAAAAUGUGGAGGUCCCUGUUCAAACUGGACAUCCGAGCACUGGUUCGAGAUAUGGAGUUUCAAGAGGCCAGCGAACAGGCAUACAGGGAGAAUGUGGAGGCACAGAACCAAGCUGAAGGGGAGAAUGAAGAGGCGUAUGAAGGGGAGGAAGAAGGAGAAGGAGAAGGAAGGAGAGAAGCGAGAAUGGAGGAAGCAGAGGAAGCAUUUAUCAACCCCGAAUUGGCGCAAUACAGAAAGUUCUACGAGGCUGAAAAUCCUCUGAUUGAGGCAGAACAGAUCAUGAACAGGUUGGAGGCUGAAUACGCCCAGGAUCUCGCCUACCAUCUGCGAUGGAGUUAUAUCAUGCGUCGAGAGUGCGAAAUCAAGGGCAAAAGAAACAGCAGAGAGCAAGUCGGAAUCCUUCCUGCUAUCCAGUGGGGUUCUUGGCCCAAGCCAUAUCCUAUUAUUGGUCACGAGGCUACCAAGUAUGUGGAUGUGGAGGAUCCCACAGCGGGAGGGUUAGAAGCCAAGGAACGGAUAACUCCUCCGGCUUGCAUGCUGAGUCUUCCCAAGCAAGGCACUCCUUUUGAUUUCACCUCCAAUAUUGCGCGGAAAGUGGCGCAACUGAGAGCUUCUGAUUGGAUCAGUGUAGCUUCGCCCUCUAUCGAUGUCGUUAAGGGGUACCAGGUUGAAGAGCACAUUUUCACCGCCAGCGAAAAGGACUUAAAAAAAAUGGUCAAGCUGGAGGAGCUCGAGAAUUUGGAGGGCAUGAGUGAAGAACAGCUUGCGAAAUUCAGAAAAGCAAAUUGCAAAGAGUUCGACAGAGUGUUCCAGGAGACCGUUAGCAAGUUUACCGGCUCCCCGGCGACUCAGCCGGCUAACGAAUCCGUGGUUGUCACGGAGGAGGAUUUCUUUGAUCGCAACGAGUACAUGCAAAUCAUGGAUUUGAUCGAUCCCAACCCUGAUGACUACGAUCCAAACUUGUACGUUCGCGAGGAGGAGACUACGAAGGAUACCGUCCAAGAGAAGGUGCCGGACGAAACUCCUCCUGUUUCAGAAGAACAGUCGGAGGAGUACUUCAUGGACGGACUCAAAAGUCUGCAGAUUGGGCUUGACACAAGCUACCAGAAAGCAGUCUAUGACAAGAUUCACGAGCGACGACGGGUCGAUGGAGUCAACAUCGAGCCUACCACGCUGGUUUCUCCCCAGAUACCCCUUCAAUGCAUGGUUGAGGUGAAGAAGAUGAUUGAUGAUAUGUUGAGCACGGCUGUCAAGAGCUGUUCCACCGUCCCCGUUCCUCAUCGGGUGAGGUAUGAUACCUUCAUGGUAGACUUUGACUUGAUUGGAGAUAAGUACAAGGAUGUGGGUCGGACCCGGGAGAGGCUGCGUGAGAUUUUCGGCGACCGCGAAGAGCCUAAGGGCAUGGCUGUCGACAAGCCGUUAGAGCAGGAGGAAGAGGGGGAAGAAGAAGAAGAGGAAGAAGAAGAAGAAGAAGAAGAGGGGGAGGGAAAAAACCGUCGUAAAACCAAAGCGAAGGCUCAUAGAUCAAGGCGAGCAAAGCAAACGACAGAGAGGGAUACACGGGGGGAUGAAGAGGGUGAAGGUGAGAUUGUGGAAGAGGAGCAUGAACAACGUGAGGAGGUUAUUGAUGAUGAGGAUGAGGAUCCUGAAUACCGAGAAGAGGAGGAGGAAGACGGGGAAGAAAAAGAUGAAGAUGGAGAUGUUAAGAUGAACGGAGUUACUAAAGGAGAUUCAAGCAAAAGUUCCUCUCAGUUCGAUUUCGCUCUCAAGCUAGUCAAAGGUCUUACUUGA